CUCACAGACACCGUCACAUCUACUCCUACCAACACCCAGACUUAGUCUUUACGACAUUGCGCGUCGAACAUACUUGUUCGCGGCGAGAUAGAGCCAUUACCGCUCGAGAUAAUCAGACAUUCCGCUCGUUCGGAGGUUAUCUUUUCACUGAUCGACCAUCAUGUCGGCCGUCACGGCUGAUGAGGCCAUUCCGACCAGUCCAGAGGUUCAACAAUCGUCCCUCGUCGCUGAAAUGAACGAGCAGGACAAGCAUAUGGAGGAGGAUAAAAAGGUCGACGACGAAGUAAAGCUGGCCGACUCGCAACCCGUAUCCAAGGAGGAACCUGGCAGCAUGGAAGCACCUAUCGACAACAAAUCUCAAUCCGUUGACCCCGCCUCGAUUUCCCCCGAGAAUCUCGCCCAACUCCGCAACUCCCUCGUCGCCGCCCAAGCCGAGACGUCUCGCCUUCAAUCCCGCAAUGCCGAGCUCGAAGAUGAACUCGCCGAGACGAGUUCCAAGCUCACCGACGUCGAGACCCAAAGGACGUUCCUCUCCGCUGCCAAAGAGGCCGUCGAGACCGAAUUGAAGGAGGAAAAGAGGAAGAGAGAAGCGGCCGAGGAGAACGUCGAGAUGUUACGUGGCAAGGUCGAAGAUGCGAGGAAAGCGAUCGGGACGAUGAGAAUGGGAGGAGAGGAUAAAAGGAUUAGCUCGGCAGGGUACGGUCAGGGGCUCGGGCUCGGUCUGGGAGGAUCGAGCGCGGAUGGACUUCUUUCCCCCGAACUAGGCUCACAGGAAGAGCCCACCGGGAAAAGGGUCAAGCGGGCGAGCUUGCUCUUCAACCAGGGAGCGAGGAGGGUCAGCACUGGUCCGCCCGCAGAGAGCGGCGAGGCGACGGUUGCCCCGUCUAACCCUCGUACAGGCCUGCGAGAGCUCAAGCUCGGGACGAUUGCCAGUUCGGUAUCCCCCUCUUCUUCCCCCAAGAUGACCCAGGCCGCGAUCAGCACGCCUACCAACGCUACGCACGACUUUGCCGAGAACCCAGAAUUGACUCCCAAAGACCCUCGUCAGCGAUCACAGUCUCACAACCUCACCCUGAGUCCAUCCGGUCAACCCUCUUAUCGCCUUUCCGAUCCGUACGGCGAUAUUCCACUCUCAGCAGCCUCGACCUCUUCCCGACCUCGACCGGGUAUCGCAGAAAGGCUCAGCUCGUUGACCUCGGUCUCGGACCUGUCGAGCGUCUCGGGCGGGAACGGGCGUGGUACCUCGCCGCAGGGUCAAUUCGUCAAUCUCAACGACGACGACAAUAUGACGAUGACGUUGAUGGCACAAGUGACUUCGCUCAAAAGCCAAUUGGCCGAAGCGCACGAGGCGAGGACGGCUAGUGAAGAUUGCCUCAAGGCGCUUCGAGAGUUUAUCGCACUUCAGAACGGGGGUAGUACAGGAGCGGAUGCGGAAGGGUCGAGCGUGCAGGGAAUCAAGUUGCCCCCUUUGCCGACGGAUAGGGAGACGGACGAGGACCUAGCGCAACAGGAAGCGGCCAAGUCAGCAGCAUCAGCAAAGAAGUCUGGGUGGGGUUUCAACAUGUGGGGAGCCCAGCCUGCCCCUUCGACAACGACGACGGUACCGAGCAUCCACCGGAUGUCCAGGGCCAACUCGCUCGCCACGUCGAUCAGGUCGGAAGCGGGGGAUAUCCCCAGCGCGGAUUCGAGCGUCAGGAACGUCCAGCUCGAACCUCUCCGGAUCGGCGGACAAUCCGAGAACUCGGGGAUGAAGACGUCUGCCUCGUCCACGACGCCUCUAUCCAACUUUGUCGCCAGUUGGAGUCGAGGGAUCACGGGCGGAGCACCCACACCCGCCAGCGCGACGAGUCCGCAGCCCCAGCCAGAGUCGGCCACCCCGGUCUCUGCCAUGCCCGCGUUGGCUAAACGAGGAUUCUCGUUCUUCGGGUCAAAGCAGAAGGAUGUCGCCGUGGAUGAUGUCAAGAGGGAGGCGGAAGAGUCGGCCGAGUUGGAAAAGCUCAAGCAGACUCCAGAGGAAGAGAUGGACAAGGACGAGAACGCGCUUCGACGGGUGUCGAGCGGUGCAGGCGCCGAGCUCAAGAAGGAUGACGAGGCAAGAGGGUCGGUCGAGCUGGACGCCAAGAAGGAUGACGAUGCGACGCUGUUGAAGACGUCGUCUACGAUGAAGGACGACAAAUACGAGACGGUGGCGCUCUAGAGUGAUGAUUAUGAUGUUGUUUCCCUUGCUUUCCCUCUCCUCGACAAUUCGAUCGGUUUUCGAUGGUAUAUUCGUUUCGGGCUUCUUUCUAGUUAAUGUCUUGACGAUGCGACCACGACGAGCUCUCCUUGUAACAUUAGUGGGGAUCAAGAUAUUUGAUUUGACUUGACAACGGA